AUGAACCUGUCAGGCACUGACCGGUUAGAUGAACAGGAUCUUGAAAAUGUCAGGAUGUUUGGACUGCAAGUUGGGCAUAACGAAGUCAAUCAUUACGGGUUCCCAAACAAAUCUGAUCAUGCACAUAAGGCAACUGGUUCAUACAGGAACUCACAAUUAAGAGGGCCUGCAUAUAAUAAUGGUGGAGGUGGACUACCUGGUCCGUACCAGCAUCUUGAUAACCCAAACUAUUACCCUUUAAAUCCAUCUGUAGCUUCUAUGAUGGCUAGCCAGCUUGGGAAUAGUAACUACUCUCCAAUGUAUGAUGAUGUUUCUGCGGCAUCCGCUUUAGGCUUUUCUGGAAUGGACUCCAGACUUCAUGGGGGUGGUUUUUCUGGUCAAAAUCUCUCUGAAUCACGUAAUCUUGGGAGGAACGGUAAUCGAAUGAUGGGAGGAGGUGCAGGCCUUCAGUCACAUAUGGCAGACCCAAUGUAUCAUCAGUAUGCUGACUCGCUUGAUCUUCUUAAUGAUCCUCUAAUGGACAGGAGCUUUAUGGGUAAUAAUAAUGGAUAUCUGAAUAUGCUUGAGCUUCAGAGGGCAUAUCUCGGAGCUCAGAAAUCACAGUAUUGCGUGCCUUACAAAUCCGGGAGCCCUAACAGCCAUAGCUAUUAUGGGAGUCCAACGUUUGGGUCUAAUAUGUCAUAUCCUGGUAGCCCUUUGGCUCAUCAUGUCAUGCAAAACCCUCUCAUGGCACCUUGUAGCCCUAUGAGACGAGGUGAAGUUAAUAUGCGAUAUCCCUCUGCAACAAGGAACUAUCCGGGAAUGGGUUAUAUGGAUAGUCAUGGUAGUUUGGAUGAAGGCUUUGGAUCUUCACUGCUUGAAGAGUUUAAGAGUAACAAGACAAGAGGAUUCGAACUUUCUGAGAUAGCUAGUCAUGUUGUAGAGUUCAGUGCGGAUCAAUAUGGGAGCCGGUUUAUUCAGCAGAAGCUCGAGACAGCAACAACUGAUGAGAAAAACAUGGUCUAUGAGGAGAUCAUGCCGGAAGCCCUUGCCCUGAUGACUGAUGUUUUUGGAAACUAUGUUAUUCAGAAGUUCUUUGAGCAUGGACUCCCGGCGCAAAGGAGAGAAUUAGCUGAGAAGCUCUUUAACAAUGUGUUGCCUCUUAGCUUACAGAUGUAUGGCUGUCGAGUCAUCCAAAAGGCAAUUGAGGUGGUUGAUCUAGACCAGAAGAUUAAGAUGGUGAAAGAACUUGAUGGACAUGUGAUGCGAUGCGUACGCGAUCAGAAUGGGAACCAUGUGGUCCAGAAGUGCAUCGAGUGUGUGCCUGAAGAAAACAUCGAAUUCAUUAUUUCGACUUUCUUCGGUCAAGUUGUGACUCUCUCCACUCACCCAUAUGGGUGCCGUGUUAUUCAGAGGGUAUUGGAGCACUGCCAUGACCCGGAUACGCAGAGUAAGGUUAUGGAAGAAAUCCUCUCCACUGUUAGUAUGCUGGCUCAAGAUCAGUAUGGAAACUAUGUUGUUCAGCAUGUACUGGAGCAUGGAAAGCCUGAUGAGCGUACUGUGAUCAUUAAGGAGUUAGCCGGGAAGAUUGUUCAGAUGAGUCAACAAAAGUUUGCAUCAAACGUUGUUGAGAAAUGUUUGACUUUUGGAGGUCAAGAGGAACGGGAGUUGCUUGUGAAUGAGAUGCUGGGCACAACUGAUGAAAACGAGCCUCUUCAGGCGAUGAUGAAGGAUCAGUUUGCAAACUAUGUAGUGCAGAAAGUUCUGGAGACAUGUGAUGACCAACGCCGUGAGCUGAUCCUUACUCGUAUCAAAGUGCAUCUUAAUGCGUUGAAGAAGUACACUUAUGGGAAGCAUAUCGUUGCACGUGUUGAAAAACUUGUUGCUGCUGGAGAGAGGAGGAUGGGUAUGCAGUCGCUAAACCAGCCUCAGGUGGCGUAA